AUGGCAACAGCACGGGGUUCUCGACUCGUUCGCGCGCGGCUCUACUCCAACGUCCACCCCGCCUCGCCCGAGCUCUUGCCCAAGCUGGCGCCCACUCUCCUCUCUGUAUUCGGCCGCCGCAACAAGUCGCGCUCGUCGUCCCCGGCACCGCCAGCCGCGGCAGCAGCGAGCGCGAGCGGCGAUGGCAAACACCGGAAGAAGGGCAAAGACAAGUCGGACGACGCCGCCGCCAAUGGCACCGAACUCGAUCACACAGACACCCCGCAGAGCAGCCUGUCCAGAGCGACCGCCGCCCAGGCCGCCGACUCGGUCAACGGCAGCGCGACCGGCCACGACCCGGCCGCUGACGGCCCGGCGAACGGCGACGGCCAGCAUCCACAUCCCGCCAAUGGACGACCUCCCGGAGGACCGCUGCCGGCCAUUGGGACAGAGACAGUCGCAGGACACCCGACCCCGCGCUCGCCGCCGCCAGUACAGACGUCAUCACAUCCCAAACCUCCGCCUCUCGACAUCCCUGCCGCGACCACCAUCCUCGCCACUUCUGGUUCCUUGACCUCGGGUGGCUCUCUCGGCAGCCAGGGCGGUCCCAUCACUGACUCCCUCGGCUCACCCGGCUCCAACAGUCUCAAGGGCGUCUCUCGGACGUUCGACGUCGACGACAUGAUCCAACGUCUACUCGACGUCGGCUACACCGGCAAGGUCUCAAAGAGCCUCUGCUUGAAGAACGUCGAAAUCGCACAGAUUUGUGCAGCGGCCCGCGAGGUCUUCCUCUCUCAACCCACUCUCAUCGAGCUCUCCCCGCCAGUCAAGAUCGUCGGCGACGUACACGGACAGUACUCGGACCUGAUCCGUCUGUUCGAGAUGUGUGGUUUCCCGCCGUCGGCGAACUACCUCUUCUUAGGAGACUACGUCGACCGCGGCAAGCAGAGCUUGGAAACCAUCCUCCUCUUAUUGUGCUACAAGAUCAAGUACCCCGAGAACUUCUUUCUGCUUCGGGGCAACCACGAGUGCGCCAACGUCACGCGCGUGUACGGCUUUUACGACGAGUGCAAGCGGCGGUGCAACAUCAAGACUUGGAAGUCCUUCAUCGACGUAUUCAACUGUCUCCCUAUUGCCGCCAUCGUGGCUUCGAAGAUCUUCUGUGUGCAUGGUGGUCUCUCACCCUCGCUCCAAACGAUGGAGGACAUCAAAGCGCUACAACGUCCGACGGAUGUGCCAGACUACGGUCUGUUGAAUGACCUCUUGUGGUCAGACCCGUCCGACACCGCAAUCGACUGGGAAGACAACGAGCGAGGGGUGUCGUACUGCUUCGGCAAGGCCGUCAUCAACGAAUUCCUUGUCCGGUACGACAUGGACCUCAUCUGCCGAGCGCACAUGGUCGUCGAAGACGGUUACGAGUUCUGGAACGACAGGACACUCGUCACCGUCUUCUCUGCGCCGAACUAUUGCGGAGAGUUCGAUAACUACGGCGCGUGCAUGAGCGUGUCAGAAGACUUGCUCUGCGCGUUUGAGCUGCUCAAACCGCUCGAUGGACCGGCGUUGCGAAAAGAGAUGACAAAGGCGAAGAGGAAGAGCAUGGCGCACGUCACAUAG